CAUCAAUUACACUUAUCUCGAUAGCAUCUUUUAAUUCAUAUUUCUUACACUUUCUGGACUGGAAGAAUCUACCACCAGGCGAUGGCAUUUCUUUUCCUUUUGGUCUGUGUUUUGCCAAUACUCGUACAAUCAGCAGACAAUGGACUAGCUAGGACACCACCAAUGGGAUGGCUAGAUUGGGAAAGAUUUAGAUGUAAUACAGACUGUGUUAAUGAUCCGGACAACUGUAUAAGUGAAAAUCUCAUUAAGACUAUGGCAGAUCUCAUGGCAUCUGAAGGAUAUAAAGAUGCUGGUUAUGAGUAUGUAUGCAUUGAUGAUUGCUGGCCUUCUCAUGAGCGAGGACCAGAUGGUCGUCUUGUCCCGGAUCCAGAGAGGUUUCCAAGUGGAAUGAAAGCCUUGGCAGAUUAUGUGCACAGUAAAGGUCUCAAGCUUGGAAUUUAUGAAGAUUUUGGUACUGAAACAUGUGCCAAGUAUCCAGGGAGCGAAUUCUAUCUCCAAACUGAUGCCCAAACCUUUGCUGAUUGGGGAAUAGAUCUGUUAAAAUUUGAUACUUGUAACUCGUAUUCUUCAGAUUUUCAAUACGGUUUUCCAGCUAUGGCAUUUUACUUGAAUCAAACGGGAAGACCAAUACUAUUCUCUUGUGAAUGGCCUCAUGGGGAAAGUGAAAGUAACUUUACCGCAAUACGACAGGCUUGUAAUAUGUGGAGAACCGGAUUGGAUAUAGAAGAUUCUUGGGACAGCGUAGUGGGUGUUAUUGAUUUUUAUGCUAAAGAUGCUCAAAAUUUUAGUAGCUUUUCUGGUCCUGGUGGUUGGGCAGAUCCAGAUGAGGUGAUAGUGGGUGAUUUUGGAUUAAGUUAUGAAGAAGAACGGGCUCAUUUUGGUAUGUGGGCAAUGUUUGCAUCUCCCUUGCUGAUGUCAGUAGAUUUGAGGAACAUUAGAAACUCGUCAAAAGCUUUGUUACAAAAUAGAAAUAUAUUAGCUAUAAACCAAGAUCCCUUGGGUCAUCAGGCUACCCUUAAGAUGGAACUGGCUAAUGGAUAUGUCUACGUCUUUACCAGAACAUUAGUUGAUAAUAAGAUAGCUGUAGCGGUAUUGAAUAAAGCAUUCAACGGAAUGCCUACCAGUGUUACUAUGACCGGAAAGGACCUGGGACUAACAGACGAAAGUGGUUAUACAAUAACAGAUGGUUUUACUGGUGAUCAAAUAGGAUCUUAUGGACCCACUUCAGAAAUUAUCCAAAAUGUUAACCCUUCGGGUAUUGUUAUUUUUGUAGCUACACCAAAAUAAGAAUAAAUCUCUUAUUAAAUA